AUGCCCAAGCGGUUCCUCUCCGAUGGGGAGCAGGCCCAAGAGCCGAGGCGGUCGGGACGCAGGAGCGGCGGCAGGACGUCCGCAAGCGAGAGCCUUGGGGACGUUGGACUUGAAGCUGCGAUAUUGCGUAGGACCAAGGAGGCAGCACUGAAGACUGCACGGCGGAUCGCCGCUCUGAAGCAGCAGGAGAUCGACCUCCGAAUUGACCUGGUAAAAAAGGAGCUCGAAGUCGAGCAGGCGAGGGCGGCGGAGGAGUUGGCCAGCGCGAGUAGUGCCGUGUCAGCGCGAAGUUCUGCUGUGGAUACCUCGAGCUCAGAGCCAGAGAGCUCAGAGCCAGAGAGCUCAGAGCCAGAGAGCUCAGAGCCAGAGAGCUCAGAGCCAGAGAGCUCAGAGCCAGAGAGCUCAGAGCCAGAGAGCUCAGAGCCAGAGAGCUCAGAGCCAGAGAGCUCAGAGCUAGAGAGCGAGGAUAUCAAUGGUGGGAGCUGGCCACGCGGCGUGGGAAGUCGUCGUGCGCGAUCGGACGCGGAGGCCAAGCGCAGGCUGGCCAACCACUUCAGUCGAAGUGCCUUCAGCGACGCAGGUGCUGGCGCAGUGGCUCAUCGCAGGCCCGGGUUAGAACAGGGGUCUGGGUCACAGCCUGCACAGCAGCCCAUGCACCCGAACAUGCAACAGCCAGUGCAGCCUGCAGUACAACCCAACACCUCGGCUCCAGUGCCGAGAGCAAGCCUGCUCAAGUAUCGACCUGCUCCAACCCCAGCCCCACGUGCGAAGCCCAGACGUCUACCAGCUAAGCCAGUCCCGUCAGUGCCUUUGCGACUUGGUCCAGUCCAGCAGGCCUUCAAGCCCAAGGGAGCGGGACCCAGCCCACCACCUAAGCCAGUCCCGCCAGUGCCUUUGCGACUCCGUCCAGUCCAGCAGGCCUUCAAGCCCAAGGAAGCGGGACUCAACCCUGCAGCGGAACCCUACUUCCCGCCCACCAGGGCGACCGACCCAGCAGUCGAUUGGGCAGACGGAGCGGCUAUGUUCCAGAUGGGAGUCUGCAGGUCCCUGAAGCCACUGGACCUGCCAAAGUUCGAUGGCAAGAUGCUGUCAUAUGUGAAGUGGCGUCAGCGGUUUCUCCGUCUAGUACACGAGAACCCGCUCUUGUCAGAGGACUAUAAGCUCGCACACUUGAGGGAGGCACUGGCGGACGGAGCGGCCGAGGACCUGAUCGCGGACGUGCUAGACGGCCCGGGCGCCUACUCCGCCAUCAUGGAGGAGCUGGAUCGGUGGUACGGGGGCACAGACCGUAGCCUCGAACAGCAGGAACGCCAGCUCAUGAGCUGGCCGCAGAUCAACACGGAGCGCGAGCUGGAUGAGCUGAAGACGCUGGCCGUCAAGCUGAGGUCCCACGUUGUGACACGGCGCUCCGUCCUCAGCGGCCUGGCGUCGGCGUUCGAUCCUCGUGGGCAAAUUGCACCGUUCACGAUCCGUGCCCGCGUGCUGCUGCAGGACACUUGGUUGCUGGACCAAGCGUGGGACAACGAGCUUCCUCCCACACACGCCAGAAAGUGGAGGGAGUGGUUUGACGAGCUGCCCGACCUGGCCGCCAUCAACGCGCCACGCAGUUUCAAGGCGGCUACAGAGUCCAUCCUCUCCGUCCACACGUUCACGGAUGCGUCUGACCGUGCCAUCGCUGCGGCGACCUACAUCCGCGCAGAGGAUGCAGCCGGCAACGUGCGGGUGACGCUCGCCAUGGCCAAGGCCAAGACAGCCCCGGCUCGUCGGCAGACCAUCCCCCAGCUGGAGCUUCGCGGCGCCGUCUUGGGUCUGCGGACCAGCAGCGAAGUUGGCAACGCUCUGGACAUCCCGGUCGCCGAGCACACGUUCUGGACGGACUCCAUGAACGUGUUGGGGUGGAUCCGCUCGCACAGCCGCAGGUUCAAGGUCGACAUCGGCAACCGCGUCUCAGAGCUACAGAACGCCACGAAGCCCUCCCAGUGGAGGCACGUACCCGGCAAGCAGAACCCCGCCGACAAGGGUACCCGUGGGCUACCAGCGAAGGAGUUGGCGGAGGACCGGGUGUGGUGGCACGGACCCGCAUUCCUGUCGCAGCAACCAGAUGUAUGGCCGCCUGAGAAGUCAGCGUCCACAGAAGGUCUGCCAGGCGUCAUCCAGCGGGAGACCACGUUCACGCUUGCCGUCACGUCAACCACUCGCCUCCAGGCGUCCAGAUACCGCACCUGGGAGCAGCUGCUCAGGGUGACUGCGUGGUGCUACCGGUUUGUCAGCCGAUGCCGCCGCAAGCCGCGCGUCGGCAUGAAGGGGGAGGAUACCAGCAGCGAUCAAGACGUCACCGUUGCAGUGUCGACUUCGCGAGCAGCCAACUCGAACUACCCUACUGUCAACGUGCCAGAGCUGACGGCGGGUGAGGUAGGCCGCACUGAGAGGCACUGGAUACGACAGGCGCAGAAGGACGCGUACGGCCCAACCCUGGAGCGUCUGGCCGCCGGAAAGCCAAUGCAGGCUAGCGACCCGCUGGCGGCGCUAACCCCGACGCUAGAUCAACAUGCUGAACCGCUGAUGGUGGUCGGAGGCCGUUUGAAGGCUGCGAAACACUUGCCAUAUCGUGUACGCUUACCGAUCAUCCUGCCUCAGAAGCACGUUGUCACGCGGCUGCUGAUCGAGAAGGAGGACCGGAGGUGCCGCCACAGCGUGGGACCUCAGCAUCUGCUGUCCAACCUGAGGGAGAGGUUCUGGAUAGUAAACGGUGCAUUAGCAGUCAAGACGGCACGCCAGUCGUGCGUUCCGUGUCGGAAGAACUGGGGUGUACCGGCGGCGCAGAUCAUGGGCGCUCUGCCGGACUUUCGGACUGCCGGGUCUCUCCAACCAUUCUCGCACUGCGGCAUCGACUUUGCCGGGCCGUUCCAGACAAAGCAAGGACGAGGCAGAACCCGAGCGAAGCGCUACCUCUGUCUCAUGACGUGCCUGGAAACCCGUGCCUGCCAUCUGGAGCUCACCUACUCCAUGGAUACCGGGGGGUUCCUCAUGGCGUUCAACCGCUUUGUUAAGCGGCGCGGCACGCCAAGCAUCAUCGUCACCGAUAACGGCUCAAAUUUCGUCGCGGCUGAACGGGAGCUACGAGAAGCCGUGGAGCAGCUCGAUCGCGCAGAGAUCGCGCGCAGUCUCGCUGAUCGACACAUCCGGUGGAGGUUCAACCCACCCAGAGCACCGCAUUUUGGAGGCGUCUUCGAAGCUAUGAUUAAGGCAGCGAAGCGCGCUCUGAGAUCCGCACUGGCCACCGCUGAGCUCACUGAUGAGGAGCUACACACCGCCAUCGUCGCCGCAGAGGACCUCAUCAACUCCCGUCCGCUGACAACAGUCAGUGCCGACGCCGCCGACCUCGAGCCGCUGACUCCGCAGCAUUUCCUCGCAGGACGCUGCGACCCACCUCUGCCGUUGGAAGAGAAACUGAACGCCACAGAGCAAGUCCACCCCAGAGAUCGCUUCGCCGUCGUGCAGCGCACAGUGAAGGAGGUCUGGAGGAGAUGGCUCCUGGAGUUCGUCCCACUGCUGAACCAGCGCAGGAAGUGGCGCAAGACGCAGAAGAACAUCGCUGUCGAUGAGGUGGUGCUGUGUAUCGAGCCCGACACACCCCGGGGCAGUUGGCCACUGGGCAGGGUGAGGCGUGUCUUCCCCGGACCAGACAGUUGCGUCAGGGUGGUGGAUGUUGAGAUCCGGGGCAAGAUCUACCGGCGAGCCAUCCAAUGCCUCAUUCCGCUCCCGGUGGAGUGA